GCCCAUGCUGCUACGUACCAUGCGCAGUUCCAGAAUGGACACUACAAUAUCGCUUCGACUUCUUAGACGUUUUCUAUGCUAGGAAUACUAACAAGAAAAGUUGUGAUUCGACAAUUGAUAACAUCCUGUGUGAUUUUGGUAUAUCAUCCGAUAAUUUUUAUUGCACAAGACAAUAGACCUAAAGAUCCGAACAAUUAUUUCAUUUAUCCUAAAGCUGCCGGACCUCAGUAUAGCAAUGAUCCCUCCGUCUUCGAGUCGAAUGAGAACUUCACUGUCGGGCAAGCUCAAGCCCAGCCAUUCAAAUGGGUCUCAAAUAUGACCACCAUGGAAAUCAUACUUUGCCAAGAAGGGAACCCAGAUUCAGUCCUAACACAUCCACUUACUGGCUGUUUCGACGGUAGUUCAAGGAACUUCCUCUAUUGGGAUGGCUCUAUAGGUGAUAUUGACCUCAACAAUGGCACCCAGGCUUACUUGGGAGUGUGGAAUUGCUCAGAACCAGGUAGCUCACCAGUGUUCUUUUCCCACUACAUCAAUCUUAUCAAUGCAUCUACUACAUCUAGUACUAUAUCUAGUACUACUACGAUGUCUGCAUCAUCUAUGGCUACAGCCCCAAUGACAUCUUCAACGCCAUCCACCGAAUCUUCUCCUUCCCAGGCUAGCACGCCAUCUACCAACGGGUCAUCAAAUGCAGCGGCGAUCGGAGGUGGCAUUGGAGGCGGCAUAGGGGGAGCUCUCAUAUUGAUUGCUGCGGCAUUUGCAUUUUGGAAAUAUCGAAGUGGAAGAGAUAAGGGUCAGCCAGAAGCCAUCCAGCAAAUUGCAGAUUGGCCAAACCACCCAGAGUACAGCGCCAUGUCUCCAAGUCAAGAUUUGGGAGUAUUCAAGCCAUCCUACCAGCCGUCAGAACUUAGUUCACACUCACAGAGGGUAUCAGAGCUCCCUCCGUCAAGCGUUACAAGAGCCGUAGCUCCGGAUUCGGGACGAGUACAUGAGAUGUUAUGAGACGAACUACGGGAGUUAUCGAAGGGGUUACUUGAUACGUUUAACGGCGCUAAGAUGUUGGGAGGGAAAUACCUAAGUUUAAUUAGAAAUGAUACCUCUGGAGUGGCUUUGCAUUACUAUUAUCCAUUACACCUCGUCAAUAAUUUCAUGGAUCGACACAUAUUGUGUUAGUACAGGACUCAAAUACUUGGUCUUUUAUCUACAGUCUGAUCUGUACCCAAACUCUCGCAGCCAUCGUUGCGUAUCACGUCUUAGCCCAUACAAUAUGUUGUAAGAAAAGGUUAUCGUGAUA